AUGGGAAACCUAACGAACCAGGGAAACAUCUAUGGAGCAGGCGAAGUAGUGAGGACGGAGCUGAGCCUCCGGGCAGUCACUGGCUGCCUGCUUUUCCUUCUCAUUCUCUCCACCCUCCUGGGGAACACUCUGGUGUGUCUGGCUGUCAUCAAGUUCAGGCACCUGAGGUCGAAAGUCACCAACUUUUUCGUCAUCUCGCUGGCGGUGUCCGACCUGUUCGUGGCCCUGCUCGUGAUGCCCUGGAAAGCCUUGAGCGAGGUGGCUGGAUAUUGGCUUUUCGGCUCCUUCUGCGACACCUGGAUUGCCUUUGACAUUAUGUGCUCGACCGCCUCCAUCCUCAACCUGUGCAUCAUCAGCCUGGACAGGUACUGGGCCAUCGCAAGCCCUUUCAGGUACGAGCGGAAGAUGACCCAGAGGGUGGCUUUCGUGAUGAUCGGGGUGGCCUGGACACUGUCCAUCUUAAUCUCCUUCAUCCCCGUGCAACUGAACUGGCACAAAACAGAGGCGGACUUGCUGCAAGAGUUAGAGGGCAAGGGCAGUAACAGGACGGGGAAUUGUGACUCCAGCCUGAACAGAACUUAUGCAAUCUCCUCCUCUCUCAUCAGCUUUUACAUCCCGGUGGCCAUCAUGAUCGGCACCUACACGCGCAUCUACCGCAUCGCUCAGACCCAAAUCCGGAGGAUCUCAUCUUUAGAGAGGGCGGUGGAACACGCCCAAAACUGCCAGGAGCACACGGCUGACUGCCCACACGAAGCGGCGUUGAAAACUUCCUUUAAGAAAGAGACCAAGGUGCUUAAGACCCUCUCUAUAAUAAUGGGGGUCUUCGUCUUUUGCUGGCUGCCCUUCUUUGUGCUGAACUGCAUGGUGCCUUUCUGUGACCUGCAGUUGUACCAAGCCGGCGAGCCUCCCUGUGUCAGCGACAUCACCUUCAACAUCUUCGUCUGGUUCGGCUGGGCCAACUCAUCCCUCAACCCGGUCAUCUAUGCCUUCAACGCGGACUUCAGGAAGGCUUUCACCACCAUCUUGGGCUGCGCUCGAUUCUGCCCCAGCAAUGCGGUGGAGGCGGUGAACUUCAGCAACGAGCUGGUCUCCUACCACCACGACACCACCCUGCAGAAAGACCCCCCAGCAGCUGGCGUCAAUGCCACCAGCCUCCCCAAUCAGCUUCCCCACUCAGUCACCGAACCCGAGGAACACGAGGAUCCCUUCGACAAGGUCUCCAUCAUUUCAUCAGCUCACAGCCCCAGGGAGAACAGGAAUCUGUUGCUCCCAGGCGGGGCUCAGUAUGAGUGCGAAGCAGAGAUCAGUCUCGAUACCAUCACAGCCCUUUACCGCUGA